CGGUCACUGCGCGGAUUGGAUGUGUUUUAUGGCGGUUAUAGGUGAUACGGAGGAGCUGUGGACAUGAAUGAAUACUGAAAUGAGAUGGAUAGUUUGUUAGUUGUUGUUGAAUGGUCGGAAUGUAGGCUGCUCUGGUGGAGAUGAAGGCGAGCAGAGGGUAGACUACACCCUCGCGAUUUUUUAUUAACCCUACGGUGUAUGGAAAGGGCUCCUGGAUGGACCUGGGCGAAAACAGCUGGUCCAUGGUCAAGCGAGAAGUAUCCAGCAGCCCAGGCUCGCCGGCUGAGCAGACCUACCUGUCCGGUGACAGCAGGAGGGACGGUCCCACCUCGGACGAGCUGAGGACACCUCCGAUCGACCUUGACGCGCUGGGGCACCGCCGCUCCGACGGCCGGUCUCUACACUCCUACGUUCACUUCGGACACCAUAGCAGCACCCUGAGCAGCGCCGAGGACAUCCCGCUGUUCACGGAUCUAGACCAGGGCAGCAAACUCGUCCUCGCCAGCGGAGCGCACAAGGGGGGCCUGCUGGUGGACCCGUCCGACAUGUACCAAACACUGGCCAUCGCCGCGGCGCAGAGCCAGACUGGAUAUGAUUCCUCCUCCGGUGGUUAUAUGCACUCCAACCCCAACUCCCCCGUGUAUGUGCCCAGCUCCCGGGUGGGCACCAUGAUCCCCAGCCUCUCUUAUCUGCAGGCCAGCGGGUCUGCGCAGCCCAGCCACGCCGUCUCCAGUCACUCUGUGUGGUCACAGUCGGCCCCGGAGAGCCCGUCGUACAGCACCGGGAGCCCGCACACCUCCAGUCGGUUCCACUACCCUCCGAGCCCGCCCAUGAAUAACGGGACGCCCAGGGACACCGGCUACAGCAACACGCUGAACGUGGGCAGCAGAGACCAGUACGGCCUGUCCCGGUCCCUCGGUGGGACCUACGCGAGUCCAUACUCUCCAUACGUCGCACCGCAGCUCUCCCAGCUGCCCUCGCCGUGGACCGGGGGACCUUUUGAUAACACGAUGCUGCACACCUUGCAGAGCCGAGGAGGGCCCCUGAUCCGAGGACCAAACGGAGUUUCAGAUAUCCUGGACGACAUGGGGGAGAGCAGAGAGUGUGUGAACUGCGGCUCCAUCUCCACGCCUCUCUGGAGGCGCGACGGCACCGGACACUUUCUCUGCAACGCCUGCGGCCUUUACAGCAAAAUGAACGGGCUGAGCCGGCCAUUAAUUAAACCACAGAAACGGACGUCGACCUCCAGAAGAAUCGGCCUGUCCUGCGCCAACUGUCAGACCAGCACGACCACUCUGUGGCGCAGGAACGCGGAGGGAGAGCCGGUGUGUAACGCGUGUGGGCUCUACACCAAACUGCACGGGGUACCUCGGCCGCUCGCCAUGAAGAAAGAAGGAAUCCAGACAAGAAAAAGAAAACCGAAGACCUUGAAUAAAACAAAGGGAUCCUCUGGAAAUAACAACUCUGUCUCUAUGACUCCCACAUCCACAUCUUCUUCUAAUUCUGAAGAUUGCUCGAAAACCAGCUCUCCCACAGGACAGGUGUCAGGGGUCAGUUCGUCUGUGCUGUCCAGCUCAGGGGAGGGAACCGGCUCAGCGGUGAAGUACCCGGGACAGGACGGCCUGUACACCAGCGUGGGUCUGUCCCAGCCAUCAGAUGUAGCUUCAGUGAGGGGUGAACCCUGGUGCCCCAUGGCCUUAGCUUGAACAUCUAAAUCUUUGGGAGGACGGCAAUCCCCCUGGCCCCUCUGUCUGGAUGCUAUGUAGUGUGGAAGUAUUCGUGGGAGGGGGGCAAUGUUUGUUUCCCUCCUCGCAGCCGAUGGGAGAAGAGUCGGACAGGGUGAAGAGAAGGGUGAGGCGACCUUCAGUCACACUUCAAGCUUGAACCGAGCGUGGAAUAGCUGGGAUUGGUUUCCAGAUUGGUGUGGGGGAUCUUGUUGCCUUAAUAAAACAAAAGGGGAUCGCCAUGCCAGAUGAUCAAUCAGUCGGCCUGCUUUGGAUGGUUUCUGGACCCGCCAUGCACUCGUUAUCUCAUCCCAUCCACCACGGCACAGAACCAGAUCUCCUUUCAUAAAAUAAAGCCAUCGUGUACAUAAUGGAUUUCCUUCAUGAAGAAAAAAAGCUGUUGAUUGGAUACCACUGCUUCCUAAAGCUCUAUAUUCUGUAAGGACAUUUAGAUUUUUGUUUUUGUUUUCUUUCCACAACUGGAAUCAUGCCACAAGUGCCAAGACAACUUUUCUGAAUCAAAAGAGAAACGUAUUUAUAAAUCUUCCAUUGUUGAAAACAUGGCUAUGAUUGUUAAUAAAGAUAUCAAUAUAGAGUAGAAGUUAAACCAUUCUGAUGUCUUCUUUUUUCUAUUUUUUUUUCUUUAUAAGUGGUUGUUUGUAGUACAGUAGUGUUGAAUCUGUACAUGUUUUCCACUGAAAGCUCUUACUGUAUUUGACUGAAACUGGUUUGGUUUAAACAGGGUAUAAAUGACUAUGUCAUCUAGUGGUUUUGUUUAAUUAUUUACUGAAAUGAUGCAAAUAAUCAAAUCUUUUGGCCAUUUUUUAAAAUCUGAAAUGCAAGCUGUUGGGUAGCAUUAAGGUACUACAAAAAACUAUUUUGCAUGUAAAGCCGUUGGAUGGCUUGUUUGAACAAAGCACACCCAAAAUAACUGUGGGCCAACUGACCUUUAUGUUACGAGACAUAAACUGAAAAAGAAGACUUUUGACUGCACUACCUGACUCACUGUAAACUGUGUACCUUUCACAAUGCGAGCAUGCACAACUGCGUCAUUUUACACCCAAAUUAGACAGAAAGCAAGAAAUGAGGUCACCUCUGUAAAAAAAAAAAAUAAUGUUACUUUGAUGACUUUGACUAAUCCCUGUGAUGAUUAAAGGGAGUGUAAUGGCCAAGUAAUACGAUGAGGUGUUAAUGUGGACAAUUGAAAAAAGGGAAUGAUAGAAUCAAGCAGGUUGCAUUAUAACAAUGCAAUGUUUUCAUCAGAAUGCACAUUCGAUGUGUUACAGAUUUUGAAUUCACAGCUGCAUGGGGGACAUGCAAAAUCAAAAAUAUAAGAGGUUAUGUUUAAAUUUCCACACUGUUUGUCUCCAUGUCCUCCAGCAGUUGUGUGGGCGGAGACUCAAAAAGCCACUUCAGGCCACAACACAAUCAUAUAGGGCAAUUUAAACCUGAAGGUAAUCUGGUCAGUUACAUGGGAAACUUGGCAUCUUUUUUUUGCCCCCUCACAACUUGCUUCAUCCAAAAAGGGCAUGUCAUUCAUUGGUUUGGACUUAUUUAUUUUUUUAAAUAUCAUGUUUAUCUUAGCAUCAUUUUUUUUUUUUGCUGUUGUUUUAUUUUUACAAGAAAUUAUUUUAUUUAAAUUUCAGUUCAAUAAAUUGUUUUCGACCUUAAACUUCCCCUGUGUUUUAAAGAAAAAAGGAUCAGUAUUUUUGAAGCCGUGGAAUGAACUGCGUUCUUGCAUAAUAUUAAUAUUACUCAGGCAUACUUUUGUGAGAGAUCAUUGCAGUGUUCUAACUCCCCCUUUAUUCAUGGCGCAACAAAAACUGGCUUUAUAUUCUGAGAUGUUUUCAUGAACGGGAGGGAAAAUCAAGACCGGCUAAUGCAAGGCAAGGACAUCCUGGGGAAAGAAAUGUUUAGAAAAAAUUGCAUCUCAAACCAAAAAAUUAUUCUUGCAAAUUUUGAUUUCAGGCUUUUUGUGGGUGGUUUGCCUCCACAUUCUGCUUAUGUUUCAUUAAAGCAAGCCUUUAUUCUU